AUGUCACGUAAUAAUAAUUAUCAACAAAUACAAGAAGCGGCUUCUUCAAUUCCAUCAUCAACAAAAGAAUUUCUUCGUACUCAACAAAAGGAUAUUGUUUGUAAUGAUUGUGGUGGGAUUUCAGCAACUAAAGUGCAACAAUUAUUAUCAACACUCGAAGGUACUACACAAUUAUUCAAUACAACACCAUCUUCAAAUCGAAAAAAACCGAAUCGAUCGAUUUCAAAACCUAAGAAAAAAAAUUCCGCACGUAAUAAUAGUCAAAAAACUUCUUUACGAAAAAAUCUAAAGAAGAAAAAUCCGAAUAAACGAAUUAAACAACGAAAAGUAAAUACAAAUCGAAUUCGUUCAACAUUAUCAUCUCGAAACAAUAAUAAUAAUAAAAUUCGAUUAAAAUCAAAAAAAUCUCAUACAAUUAAAAACAAAAAACUAUCAUUGAAAAAAAAAUAA